UGGUGACUAGAUUUAGAGAAAAAAAAACACAACAAAGUUAAAAAAAAGGGUAAAAUUUCAAGUCUUCGGAUCGAACUCGUUAUUUUUACACUUUCUUUCCAAAUUGACCGUGUCGAAUAAAAGUUAGAAUCAGCGUAGGGUCGAUAUUUUCCGUUGGCGGUGAACCGCUCGUCGAAAAGUUGGAAAGACGAACGUUCGAGUCCGUGGGAUGACGUCAUUGAAAACAGCAGGUUCGCCUCGGUCCGAUUUGCGCAUGCGAUUUUUGGAUUUAGGUUCAAUAUCCGUUCGAGGAGACGACCCGAGGCUAAGGAAAGAGCCGGUCUAUAGAGAUUCUCGCCUGUUGUCCAAGGGAAUAAAACGAUAAAACCACUAUGGCUAAGCCGGAACAGGUUUUAAACAUAACUCCACAGUCCGAACUCAAAUUUCAAGGACCUUUCACUAAGAUGGUUUCCGCGUUCAUUACCCUUCAUAAUCCCACAAAUAAGUCAGUUUUAUUCAAAAUAAAAACCACUGCUCCGAAGAAAUAUUGUGUAAGGCCAAACUCUGGAGAGCUUUUGCCAGACGAGAGAACAACUAUACAUGUGUGUUUACAACCAUUUGAUUAUGACCCAAAUGAAAAAUGUAAACAUAAAUUUAUGGUUCAAUCCUUGUUCACUCCACCUGACACUCAUCCUGUAUUGGCAUGGAAUGAAGUUAAACCAGAGAAGUUAAUGGAUACAAAGUUGAGGUGUGUUUUUGAAUACCCAGUUGAAUCAAACGAUACUACAAACUCCAGCCCGAGUCCAGUGCCUGCAUCAAAUGUUCCUGCCGCCCAAAAGGAAGAAAGAAAAUUCAUUGGCGAUUCUCCAAAUAAUGCUGAUACUGAGCUGAAUGAAGUUACAAAGGAAGUUGAACAACUCAGGGAAGAAGAAAUUAUUCUUCGCAAAGAGAACAUUAAGCUAAAGGAACUAAUCAUGCAACUGGACCGAAAGCUCAAUAUGCAGGAUAUGCGGAGCUCCCGCUCACUAUCGCAAGCGUCACCGAUCAGUCAACAAACUCCACUAAUUGUAAUGGCUAUCCUUUCAGGCCUUUUAGGCAUCAUCCUUGGUAAAUUCCUCCUCUGAGCACACACCCUUUCCUUAAACCUCACACUGUAAGUAGCACAUUCCCCAAAACAAAAUAUAAGAAUCGAAAGAAAGUCAAAACUGUCACUUAACUAUUCCCAGCUUGCCCCCCUUCCAAAAAAAUACAGAUGCUGUGUCAUGUGACCAUUGUUAAAGUCUUAAUAUAAUGGUUUUAAAACAAAAUUUUAAAAUGAAUUUGUUAAA